CAGAGCCAUAUAUUUUCUAUUUAUUAUUUAUUUUUUUUAUAUUCUUAUCUAGCUAUAUAUUUUUAUUUAUUCCUUAUUUAUCUUCUUUAAAGAGUUCCUUAAUCUCUUUUCCAAAUGUAUUUAUCUCCACACACAUCUUUCUCUUACCUGUCUUCUUUUCUCUUAAUCCUUCCACUUCCUUUCUCUCUGUCAUUUUAUCUCACUGACUCCAACCCACUGUUAACCCUUAAUAAUCAAGUCAGAGAAGGGCAUCUCUACACAGAUAACCACAGGAGAGGCAUGUAUCUGCAAAUGACCCUGGAUGGGAGAGUUUCAGGAAGUGAUGUUCAGACACCUUACAGUGUGCUGGAGCUGAAGUCAGUUAAACCAGGCCAUAUAGUCAUCAAAGGACAGUCAUCAUCCCUGUAUCUCUGUGCGGACAGUGGAGGCCGUUUGACUGGGCAGAGGCAAUACACAGAGGUUGACUGCACCUUCCGAGAGCUGCUGCUGGCAGAUGGAUACACCCGUCUCCUUUCCUCGCACCAUGGAUUCCCUGUGUCUCUGGCAUCAAAACUUUCCCCGGAGCGACACACAGUCCCCUUCACUCGAUUCCUACCACUUAGGAAUACUCUGACAGGGGAGAGUGUGUCUGAACAACCAACAAACAGUCCGAGAUAUUUCAACGUGGACUCUGAUGACCUUCUCGGAAUGGGCCUGAAUUCUAUGGUCAGUCCUCAGUUCUCAAUGGAAAAGUAAAGAAAAUGAACUGCACUGAUCUUUAACUAUAUAUAUAUAUACCCUCUAAAAACAUAUCUUUUUAAUGACCAGGUACAAGCUGCAGGCUUGAUUUUGUUAUGAGAUGAGCAGCUUGGUCUUUUUGGUUCUCAACAGCUUUCUACGAGGGCAAUAGAAUUGUAACUUAUUUAUUUAUUGUUUGGGUGUGUUGUAUUUGUAGUGAUUAUUUAAAGAAAUUUGACUACAGGUUGUGAGAUUUCAUGGUUAGUAGUUUGAAAGCAUGUUUGUGUGUGAGGAAGAAAUGUUCCAUAUUGCAACAUCGUUUCGAUAUGUUUUGGUAUGUGAGGAAAAUCUGGAAAGUCCAGUAAGCUCAUGUUUGUAUUAUUCAAGAAGUGUUUAUCAGACAGACUGGAGAGAGGUUUGGAAUGAAAAUAAACAUUACAUAAAUUUCACUUUCGUUUUUCUACCUCUGUCAUGCAACGACACAGCAGUUCAAUGAAACAAACAAACCAGGAAGUAUAUAUUUACAGAAUGGUCAUUCUGACCAAUGAUCACAGCUUUUGUGGUGGAGGAGUGAGGAAAUGAGCUGAUUAUUGUGAGAGCAGGAGCGCUCUCUACUGGACAAAUAAGUAAUGUGGGAAAGCGGGCCAUGCUCUCUAAACCAAUUUGCUUAUGGGCUCUGGUGAUCAUCUGAGUCUUGUGUCUUUGAGUUGGGCAAACCUACAAAAAAAUUUCUUAGUUGUUAUUCAGUAUAUAUACAAUUUAGUGUAUAUGUAUUGAUUGUAUGUACUGGUAUUUCCCUACUAUGUAUGUUGCAUUCUGCAACUCUAUAGUUCUGGACCACAGUCAUAAAUUGUCUUCAUUUUUUAAUUGUCUUUAUUGCGAGUUAUACAGCCACUGCACUUAGUAAGAGAGGCAGGGCUACAACUCAACAAAUAUUUUUUUUAUUU